AUGUCAAGCCGACUCUCGACGCGGCUAAGCAUCCGCUGGGUUCCAGGCGACCCGUCGGAACCGACCAACACGCUGGUCAUGAGCGUCGGAGGGUGGUACGUCGACCUGCGCAUCACCAAGGCCGACGGCUCGAUUGAAUGGGGCAUGGCAGGGGAGCGGCUCAUCCUGUCACGAGAACCAUUAACAUGCAAAUGGACCCACUGGAUCGACUCGCGAGGCUACACGGACCCCGACAUCGGGAGUUUCCACCCCGUCGAUCCAUCUACGGCCGGGACAGACCUCGACCCGGCCACCGACACGGUCGAAACAGGAAGCAUGCUCAACCCCGAAACCAAUGUCGAGACGCCCUACGAAGAGGUAUGGCGCGCCCUGACUGCAUCGUAUAGCGACCGCUUUCCCUGGGCGUGGAUCGUGCGCAGCAUGGAUAAGCGGACCUUUCUCGCGCAGGUGGGAGGCGACUUUCUCGCCCUGAGAGGCGGGCCCGACGGGCCUGUUGGGGAGGUCGGGUUCUGCGCACGCAGAGAGACAUGGGACGGUGAACAACAGCGCUGGACGGUCGUUCUUGAGGCGGGAGAACCGAAAAAUCUGCCCGCUCUGCCUGGGAUGGUUGCGGCAGGCAGUGCGGUAGGACCGGAACCGGCGUGGACAAAGAGUGCCAAGGAGGGGGAUGUAGUGGAUAUGUUUGGAGAAAAGUACGUUUUAUGUGCCCUUGAACGGGUGGGUUAG